AUGGAUAGUGGGUUUAGAUUUGUAAGCGAUACAUCAGUGGAUGGUUUAUCGGGAACACUUCUCAGUGGGCAUCAUCACCAAGGAGGUGGUGGUCACCAACACCAACACCACCACCAUCAUCACCAACCAUCAUCCUCGUUUGGACUUGGUGGCGGCGGAGGUUUUGGAGAUUUUAAACCAACUCAACAACAACAACAACAACAUGGUAUGAUGCAACAACCAUCAUCCUCAUCAUCACUCUAUGGAGGAGUGGGAGGAUCAUCUUCAUAUUCAUCUACUUCAUCGUCAUUUGGUCAACACUUUGGUAGAGGUGGCGGUGGAGGAGGUGGAGGUUUCCCAUUGACAUCGGAUUAUGGUUCGUUGGAUGGUUUGGCAGGAUCUCUUACCAGUAAUGGUAGUAAUGGAAGUCUUGGAGGAUUUCCAGUCAAACAACAACAACAACAACAACAACCACAACAACAAUCAUUUCAUCAAUCAUUCAAUCUACUUGGAGGUGUCAACUCGAUGAAUGGUAAUGGAGGGUUCCCCAAUCCAGCACCAUCAUCUUUUUCUCACAUGCCUUCGUCGGCAUAUAACAGCAACAAUAAUUCACAAAAAGUAUCAACUUCAUUGCCAGGAGGAAUUGACAAUACUAGUAUGCACCGACUCGAUCAUCAGCUACUCACCUCGGAUGACGAGCCUGUUCCCCGAAUCUCACCACUUUCGCAGCUCAACGGAUCUUCUUCGGGCGGUGGUCACUCCAAGUCGUACACGGGAACGGGUGCCAGCGGAUGGUUGGGCAACACUGACAACAACAGUAGCAGCAGUCCGUAUCUUACUAGCUUGCACAUGUCGGACAAUGCCACGUACCGUUCGAUGAGUCCCAACUUUGAUGGCUUCUAUCCUGGCGGUGGUGCACCAGAAUCACGUCGUGUCAACUCACCUCCUAUCCAGCAACAACAACAACAACAUCAAACAUCUCAACAGGCAUCAACCACUCAACAACAACUCGAAAACAAAGUAAAUAUGAUGGAGAAGCAAUUAAACCAACUUCUCUACCAAGGCAACAACAAUAAUGGUGGCGGUGUUGGCGUGGGUGGCGGUGGAGGUUCGACUGGUAGCAGCCUUAACAACAGCUUCAACAGCAACAGUCUUGGCUACAGCCUCAACACGGGUAACAGCUAUGGUGGCGGCGGUAGCGGUAGCGGAUUGUCGAGUGUCAUGGGUAAUGCGUCAUUGUCGCUCUCUCCCUCGCCAUCUCCAUCUCCAUACGGUGGGUUCUCGAGCCACAACCCUCUCACCAGCAUGGUCAGCACCUCGUUUGACUCACCACUCGUUUCACCACGUCUCGACAGCCAGCAGGACUCUUACAACUAUGGUAAUUUUUCCCAAUCGGCUCCAUUGAACCCCAGCCACUUGCACCACGGUGCCGGCAGCAACGGUAUCAACGGCGGUCUACGUUCCAAGCUCAUGCCAAGCAGUGUCGUUGGGGGAAGCACUUCACCAUCUUUCUCAUAUGGGGCCUUGUCCUCGUCUACUCCAACCCACAGUUCACAACUUUCUUCACAGUCUUCUGCUGCUUCACUUCAUCAACAACAACAACAACAACAGUCGCAACAAUCGCAGUCGCAACAAUCACAACAAUACCCACAACCACAACAAAUCGAAUCGUAUAUUCUCAAAGAGACACCUUCACGUACACUCUUUGUCGGCAACAUUAGCGCAUCGAUUGAUGACGAGUCGGCCAUGUCUCUCUUUUCAUCGUUUGGUCCAGUCAAGUCGAUCAUGGGCACCUGCAAACACCGUGGAUUCAUCAUUGUCGACUACUAUGAUAUCCGUCAUGCCAUGUCUUCGCUUCGUAAUCUUCACAACACUGAGCUUCACAAACGCAAACUAGACAUCCGCUACGCCAUGCUCAAGGACUGCAACAACGACAUUGGCACCCUCGUCGUCUUUAACCUCGACCCUAGCAUGACCAACCAACAGCUCACCCAGAUCUUUGGCGUACACGGACAGAUCAAAGAGAUCCGUGAGACACCAAACAAGGCACACCACAAGUUUAUCGAAUACUAUGACACUCGCGAGGCAGCCGAGGCAAUCAAGCAUUUGAACAAGGCAGAGUUGGCUGGCAAGAGACUUCGUAUCCAAUACUCGCGUCCAGGUGGCAACAAAAAGAACCUUUGCAACCAUUCAACCUCGAUCACCAACGAUCCCUACGACAUGGACUUGAAUCCGCUCUUUGAACAGAUGAAUGGACGCACUGGAGCUUCCAUUUUCAGCACCAAGCUCAAUCUGUCCACCACCCCCAAUUCAUCGUCGUCUCAGCCAUCUACUCCAUCAACCACCCCCUCCUCAUCUUUUAACCAACCUUCACAACUAUCAACAUCGGCUGGUGGUAACUCACAAUCCACUCCCAUUUCUUCUACCCCCACCUCCUCCUCUUCCACCAAUAUUUUAUCUUUAUCUUCAAACAACGGUGUAAAUAUAUCAUCCACUAUCACCAAUAAUAAUAUCAAUAACAAUAACAACAAUAACAAUAACAAUAAUAUUAUCAAUAACAACACUCUUACUACUACCGCAUCAAAUGUAUCACCAGCUAAUAUACAACAAAGUUGGAGCUCAAAACCAAAAUCUUUAAAUCUUAAUAAUAUUAAUUCAACCGUAGAUCUCUCUAAUACCACAACGUUAAACACGCCAACUUCUUCUCAACAACAACAACAACAACAACAAGUCACGAUGACACCAACAACUCCCAACACCAACAUUAUCAUCAACUCUUCUUCUUCUUCUUCUUCUGCGGCAACACCCACAUUAGUAACACCACCACCACAACCACCCAGUCUAGCCAACGAAUUCCAAAACAUGUUAAAUAUUAAUUCACCACCAGCCUCACCCCGUGUUAAUACGGGUCUUCAAAUCCCUAUCAAAUCUGUAAAAAGUCCAAGAAACCCAGAAAAGAGUCCAAGAGGAAGAGAUGGAACGCAACUUGCUACCGAUCCACAAUAUAUUCUAUCAAUCGAUAGGGUCAAGCAAAGUUUGGAUACUAGAACAUCUCUCAUGAUCAAAAAUCUACCAAACAGAUUCACUCAAACAAUGUUACUUUCAAUAGUCGAUGAAAACUUUAAAGGAACCUAUGACUUUUUAUAUUUACCAAUUGAUCCAAAUACAAAAGUUAAUUAUGGUUAUGCCUUUAUUAAUUUUGUUCACUCUAGCUUUAUUGUUCAAUUUUUUGCAGAUUUUAAUAGCAGAAAGUGGGAAAAGUUUUAUUGCUCCAAAGUAUGUGAGAUCACAUAUGCCAGAAUCCAAGGCAAGUUGAAUCUUAUUCAACACCUAAAGAAUCCAAGUUCAACCUCUCAAGAUAAAGGAUUCACACCAAAUGUAUUUAUCGCUGAAAUUAUAUGCAACGAGAAAGAUGGAACGAUUGUCGACAAACAAGCAAACUCUAUAACCUAUUUACCACAACAUAAUUAA